AUGGCUUCUAUAGGCAAAAUCACAGCUUCAGCAAUAUCGAUUCCCAACGAGGUUACAGUGGCUGCAGCUGCUUUCAACAUUGACUUUUCGCUUUUUAAAGUGGAAGCCCCAUUGGAAUUUCAUGGCGUCCGAAACGCCUUAUCAGUCCGGCGUAUCAAAGAUGCCGAGGGAGGCCAGCACCAUAUUACCGCUCGUCAGCUUGGAGCUCUUUUUGAGGCCAAAGUCCCAGCCAUACCCAAUUUGAUCUCCAAAUAUGGCUCUAGAGUUUCUGAAAUUUGCUCUAGAAUUGAUGAAACAGCACAAGAAUCUGGGCCAUUCGCGGACCAGAUAGGGCCUGACGGAUUAAACAUCUGGGCCGGGGCUACGUCGGGCACUGGAGGGCUUGCAACACAUUUGCUGGCUUGUCUGUUAGCACGAGUCUGGAAACCUCACGAAGCAACCUCGCUCUGGGUAGAAAUUGUCGAGAGAAGGAAGCAAGAGAUUGCCGAGACUCUUAAUCUUACUUCAACAGCGGAGGCUGCGUCUCUUAUGGCCUCGCAGCAAAUAAUCUCUCGGCAACAGCUGGCUGCCUGGGAUGCCAGUGCUAGAGCCUGGCUUCAUACCGCCGACAGCGAUAGACGAAAUCAGCAUAUACAGCUCAACCUUAUCCUGAAUAAUCUCCAGUUGCCUGUCAGCACCAUUCAUGAUCCAUAUGAAAGUGUCAUGGAGGCAUGGAUCUCUGCACUGCGAGGGAUGGAGCUGUUGGUACAAGGAAUCUCUCAACGUGUCAGUUCUGGGUCCAUCUUGCUUGCCAUGUCAUCCUGGCACUUAUACCCAGACCUUGAAGUUUUACUAAAAGAAACUGCCAGCAUCUAUCAGAACGACUGCUUAAUGUGCAACUCAAUUGUCACUGUCUCCUCUUCCCAGAACCGGUCUUCAGGUCGCCAGGGCGUUUCUUGGUCUCUUCCCCUUUCACGAAUGAAGUUCUAUUCUCAUCCUAUCCCGACUGAAGGGUCCCUAUCACUUGAUACUAGCAGAGUGACCAUGGAGGAGUUCUGUAUCGCAGUUCUUGGCAUCGUCAUAGGACCUUGGAACCAGGAGGGAUUUGACUAUGAUAUCUCGCUCAACAUGAUCUCACUUCUCACCGAGAGGCUCGAGCCGAAUGUCCCCUUGUGGCUUAAAAUGCUCGCCAAUCACUCAGCAUUAUAUAUCAACGCUUCUGGUCUCCUGAAGAAGCAAUACCACAAACUCCUUGGCCGUGGAGUGAGAAGGGGUCGAGGUUUCCUGUACAGUGAUGACAUAUCGCUGCCCCCUUGCUUUGGUCUCACGGAUCUUUCUACUCUGCUUGAUUUCUAUUCAAGCGACAAGAGUUCGACACCAGAAGCACAGAUACGUAUACUUCGCAAGAUCAGUGGGCACCUAGGAUUUAAUGCAGAAGAUGUCAUGAUUCGCUACAAAAGAUUCAGUCGCCCGGGGGUCAAUGCUGAUGAUGAGGACUGGAUUUUCGAAUAUGCCUCAGCUUUACCUUACCCCUCUAGAACAGGAAAGAGGAUGUUCGAUGGAAGACCCGCUAAGAAGCUCAGCCACCGCCGCUGGGUCCCCUUACUGACCGAUUACACUUCAGAACCGCCUGUUAUCUCUUGCUCCGAUUGUAGAUGUCUCGACCGUCAAUCAUUGAGAGACCACAGUGCGGUAGGAUGCGAAUGCUCCCUUCAGCAGAUGCCCUGCACGGAGUAUUGCCAUCGCGAGGGUGGCACGAGCUGUCCGACUUAUCAACCAUUAUUUCCACUAGAAUGCUGCGGUCGGUGUAACUCAUGUAGAGAUUGCGCCCCAAAUGCAACCCGACUAUAUAACAUACCGUCAAAUUCAUCUCCCCUCCCAGAUGGAUAUUACAGCCAAAGCCACGCCAUCUACCCGACAUCUGGUGACGCAAUGCCAGCAAACGUUAACUUAGAUCUCGAUGAGAUCGACCUCAUGGGUGCGAGAUCGACGUGUAGAUUUCAGCACAAACGUUGCGCUGGCUGGUACAAUCGCCAGCACCGGCGCAAGGUUGAAAUAAAUGAGGAAUACUAUUCUAUCCUUCCAGACGAUAUACACAUUGAAGGAAAUGGGUUUCUACUGUCUAGAUCGCCUUCUCAAGGGGUAGAGACAUUCGAGUUUGUAAUGGGUACCAGAGACGACGCCGCUAUAUUUAAACGGACCAAAGAAGCAAACAAGAAUUUGCAUCCUAUGUCUGACCAACUGACUUCGGCUGGCGGCCUUCCGAACAUCCUUUCAACAAUCUUACACGACUCAGUUUUGGAUGUCGACCAACUGCGUCUCUACUUGGAUAAGUUACAUGAUCUCUAUCCAGUGAUCCCUCUCCUGUCGGCAUUAGCCUUCUCGGAAACACUGUAUCGGAGUCUCAAAGGCGCGACUGUGAGCAUGGAAGCGCUGAUGGUUUCACUACAGGAUAUACGAUGGCCCAAGUGGUUGAAAACGGUACAGGAUGAGAGUGGAAGAUACUCGCACAUCAUUUCAAGCCCUAAAUCGGACCACAGCAACUUCCAUGGUGAGUUGAGUAAUCAACUUGCUGUUUCAUUGGCCUGCAUCGCCAUGUUUGAGUCUGGCGAAUUCGACAUAGACCCACGAGCUCUUCUUGGAACAUUCGCUUUGUCGUCAGGAGAUUCGAUCUACCUGACGUCGGCGAUGACCAUGGACCCUGCUCUUGUCUCAGCAAGGGGUGAAGUUAGGCGAGUAUUGGGAAACUUGGGACGUCCAGAAAUGGUGUUCCUCGUUUCGGCAGCUAAGCCAAUGUUGGGAGGCUGCGAUCUCUCAUCCUGGCACAUGGUUGAUCAUGAACUAUUCGACGGGCUUCUAUUGAAUUCUUUCACUAGCACAACCCUUCAUCUGACCUUGACAGACUUCGAGAUGCCUGUCGACAUUGGAGUCAGGGGCUUGAGGGAUACUCAAGUCGUCAUUUUAGAGUCGGUUGUGUCUCUGAAUGAUAGUGGGAAACAUUUGGGGGACUUGAACAUUAUCAGUUGCCUGGAGAACUCAACCUUACGUGUGGACUGUGCCUGUAGUCCUCACUUUUCAUCAGAGGAAGUUGCCACAGGAAGAAAUCCCACAAUAGCAAAUCGAGUAGGGCAUCUCACUUCCAUCGAUUGCUGGGACGAGUUCUUUGAUUUUCCUUUAACUAAGGCGAUUAUGAGAGUUUCUGGCAACUGGCAGGGAAGGCUAGCAGCUGUUGCUGCUGGUAUCCAAAAGGGCAAAAGGGUUUUAUUACUUCCUCAACAUUCGUGUUUAGGCUGUUUAGGGGAUGAACGGAUUUUGCAAGGAUUUGAUCUAAUUGUUGCGUAA